AUGGGCUCCAUCUCGAAUCGCAGCUGUUUCAGAAAUGACACGGACUCCUCUGAAGAUCAGUCUUUUUCUUUGUUUGACGUCCAUAUUUUGCUGCCCGUGACAGUAAUGUCCAUCAUCCUGUUUUUCUUGGGAGUCUCUGGGAAUUUGAUAACGAUAGUCAUUUUCAGACGCUCGCGGGAGAUGAGGACGACAGUGAACAUGUACCUGGCCAGCAUGGCGCUGUCGGACACGCCGAUUUUCCUUGGCCUGCCUUCGGAUCUCUACCGCCUUUGGAAGUACAAGCCCUACAUAUUUGGGGAUUUUCUCUGCAAGUUCUUCAUUUACCUGAGUGAAACGUGCACGUACUGCACCAUCCUGCACAUCCCCACGGCGAGCGUGGAGAGGUACUUUGCCAUCUGCUUUCUCCUGAAAGCCAAAGCCACCAUCACCAAGUGCCGGGUGAAACGGGUCAUCCUGGCGCUGUGGGGCUGCUCCCUCCUGACCGCCGGCCCCAUCCUCUUCCUCCUUGGGGUGGAACACCCCAACGGCAGCCCGCCCCAGGAGAGCAGGUCCGUCGAGCGCGUGGCCCGCACGGGGCUGCUCGAGACGAUGACCUGGGUCUCCACCGUUUAUUUCUUCCUGCCAAUGCUCUGCCUGACCCUGCUGUACGGACUCCUCGGCAGGAAGCUCUGGCGGAGCGGGCAGCGGCUGCCGGGCUGCCGCAGGAAAAGGUCCCACACGCAGACUGUCAAAAUGCUGGAUUUCACUCUGGGCGAAGAGUUUUACAAAUGA